GAAUGGAAUCGCUUACUUUGGAUUAUACUUGACACAGGGAAUGUAGGAACAGAACUGACAUGGAGUAAGAUGAAAUGUGUAGUCCUCGCGGUUGUCUUUUAAAUAUUGAUUUGUCUCGCGAAUGGAGAUCGUGUGGCAAUCAUAAGUGUUAUUUUAAUAUGCAGCUUGGACAAGGAGAAUGUUAUAAAUAUGAAAAGGCUAUAAACAACGAAACAUAAAUACAAAUACUCUACUUUGCAAGCUUUAUGGCUUAUAGAUCUUGUAUAAAAAUGGACCAUAUAAUGAGUACAAUUGGAUAUGCAGAUACGAAGAUGAUAAGGUAUUCGUAUAUUGUUUACAGUUGCUAUUUUCAGGGAGUUACUUGGGACUUCCAGAAAUUUUGGCUAUUAUAAAAUUUAUAACAGACAUUUAAAUACAUUUUGAAAUGGAUUCCCCACCGUCAUGUUCACUCAGUGCUACCGGACCUUUGAGCGAUCUUGGUAGCAGUGGACUAGGGGGUUCCAUUUCUAGUGAUUCUGUACGUGCUCAUCUUGCUAUCGAGAUGCAAGAAAGCGAUAUAGAAAGCAAAUCUUUAUCACAAGAUUCCUUUGAUUAUUCAGAUGGUAUGUGUGGAGAAAAUUUUAAUACAUUAAAGAAGGGGCCAGGUUGGAAUGAUGCUGAUGGUAAAUUAGAGGUUGAGGUUGUCGAUGUUGCUAUUAAACCACCACCAGAAUUUCAAGAUAGUCCUUCACCAGCUGAUUCUGAAUCCUUUUCUGCACCCAUUCUUAGUUACGAACAAUUGUUGCAACAUAAGGUUCCACAAUGUAUAGAUGAAUUUGCAAAUAAUUUUGUACAGUCCAUUAUUGAAGAAGCAUUGGUUAUAUCUUGUAGAAUAUCAUGGCCAGAAGGAAGGAUAGUAACUGCUUCACAUCCUGUUCCUGUGGUAACACAUAAUAUACAUAAUCCUAAACGCAUAUGGGCAACAGAUUUCCUGACACCUUCUUCAUGUCAAGGAACUACAACCAUUACGAUCACUCCAUAUAAUACUUUAAAUCGUCCAAAUUCACGAUGUUCUUUAGCUUCUUCACGUUUGUCCAGUUCGCAUAAUUCUAUAAAUACUACUGGAUUAAGUCAUAAAGCUGAUGACAGCAGUUUUAUAACUUCUGCUAUGUCUCAUGAUGUUUUAACAACAAGUGAAAUCAGUGAUAUGUAUAAUGUGCCCUUUGAUUCUGAUAUUUACACUGUACCGAUAGAUGUAAUCAGGCCAUUGCAUGAUCUUAAGACACCACAAAGGCCUAAGCGUCAUAGACAUCAUCGUAAGAGAAGAAGAAAUGUAUCUGCUAGUUCACAGAGUGAAUUAGAAACGCACAUUCAACAAGCCAGACAUUAUUGUGGAAAAUCUCGUGCUAUAACACAUGUUAUUAAGUCACAAAGACUGUUGGCUGAAAUGUGUUGCAAUGAAGCUGGGAAUGGAAAACGUCAUAGUGUUCCAGGUACCUCUGGUCGUCAUGGAUCUAGAAUAUCAAAUGGACAUACUCAUAAUAUUGGAGAACCAAUUCAUAUGACAUUACAUGAAGUUCGGCAAUAUUUACAAACAUUGUAUUCAAGCUCCAGUGAUUCUAGUGAAAAUAAAAUUAAGCGUGAUAAAGCUCCCAUAGGUCAUACGCCUAUACAUCUUGCAAUGCCAAAAGGUGUUACUGUAAAUAAUAAUAAUAGAUAUAGUAAUACACAUACUGAUUCUUCAACUGACACACCAAUUUCUAAUAAGAGUAGUAAUGGACUGAUUCAUAAUAAUAAUAAUAAUAAUAAUAACAAUAUUAAUAAUAACAGUAAUAUUAAGAAGCACAAAAAGAAUUCAUUUGUCAGUAUUAAACAUAAGAAGGUAAGAGAAGAACCACAUAAAGAGAAGGGUGAUUCUGAAAGAGAUAAAAUAAAAAAGAGUCAACGAAACUUUUCAUUAAAUUUAAAACAAACACUUUGCAAUAUCUUUAGAUUCAGACGCUUGGGUUCACCUGAUCAUUUUGUAGAAAAAAGAAAUAGUAUUGUGCAGGGUGAAAUAGUCGAAGAAGAGGAAGGAGUUGAUUCUGAUCAACAUGCAAACAAUAACAAUACUACGUCGGAAGUAGAUACAUCUGCACAAAAAAUGCCUUUCUUUAAACGUGCAUUACCACCUCUGCCAAAAACUAAUGGUCAAGUAGGAGUAGAACAAGCAGAAGAAGCGCUUACAGCUAUGGUAUCUAAAUCAGAAUCUCCAAAUUCCAUACAACAUAUGCCAACUUCUGCUCCUCGAUCUGAAGAAGAAACAGUGGAAGAUACAAGUAUGGAUUUUGCCGCUAGUAUUGAAAAAGUUAAAGACUAUGGCUGGUAUUGGGGACCUAUAUCAGGUGAAGCUGCAGAAAAAAUAUUGUCUAAUGAACCAGAUGGAUCUUUCAUUGUUAGAGAUAGUAGUGAUGAUCACUACAUCUUUUCUUUAUCAUUUAGACUUAACAGUUGUGUGCGACAUGUUAGGAUAGAACAUGAUCAAGGUAAUUUUAGUUUUGGAAGUUGCACGAAGUUCAAAUCCCAUACAAUCGUCGAUUUCAUUGAAAAUGCAGUAGAGCACUCAAGAAGUGGGCGUUAUCUUUUCUUUCUUCAUCGACGACCAGUGUUGGGUCCAAUGCGAGUGCAACUGUUACAUCCAGUAUCCAGAUUCAAACAAGUUCAAAGUUUACAGCAUACAUGUAGAUUUGUCAUUUUAAAGAUGGUACGCAGGGAUCUCAUCCCCACGUUGCCUCUACCUCGUCGCCUCAUCGAUUAUCUUAGCACGCCUCAUUACUACAGUGAACAAUUGGCUGAACAAGAUGAACGAGCAGAAUCUCCUGUUAGUUCUUCAACUGGUGAAUUGGAAAAGAUCUGUUUCACACCGCAAGGCCUAUCGUGAGGUACAAAUAUGUAAUCUUACUUUUCAUCUUGGUGUGUAUAUGCCAAAUGUUUAGUGCUAACAAAGAGACUUAAGACAAUGUUAUCUUGUGCAAGAAACAUAAGUAUUAUAAAUUAGGAGUUGCCGGUAAGGGUAAUUGAAGUAUGCUUCAUCGUUUACAUCUGUGAUUAUUGUUUUUACAAUUUUGGUGUAUGACUUUAUAAGUGGAUAUUGUGAUUAAGGAAUGUUCAUGUAUACUGCAUAUUGACCUUCAAUUUUCUAAUAUCGAAACAAUUUUCAUUUGUAUUGAAAGGUAGUAAAUGUUCUCUGUAUGAAUUUAUAAAAAAUAAUUUAUACAAUUAUUUAUGAUUAAAAAUAAUAGAGGAAAAUUACAGAGUACUAUAGAAAGACUACAUAUAGCCUAUAAGACGCGUAAGAUGCGAUCAUCAAUCUUUUAAAAAGUAAUUUUGAUCUCAAAUUGGCAACAACAUUAGUACAUUAAAUGUACGUAAUUGGGCUGUCAGAUGAUUGUUAAAUUUAUUAUAAUUUAUCUAUGAUAGUGCUCAUUUUCCAUUUUGAUUAGCAAACUUAUAAAAUUAGUAUGGCCAAUUUCGUAUAAUGAUUUAUGUUUAAGUUCCUUUUUUUUGUCAUCUAUGAUAGUUAUCUAAGAUAACAUUACAUACGAUAUAAUAAGUGCACAAUAUUUAUUUAUAAUAACAGAUCGAUGAUUUGAUGAUAACUCCUCCUUUUGUGCCAUAUUUCAAUCCUACCUUCCAGUUUAAAGGGUUUUAACUUAAGAGUAAUAGAAUUUCAUUGGCUAAGCAAUAUACUUUUUUGAAGUAUAUAAAUAUAUGCAAAGAGCACAUUUUAUGGACAAACUUAUUUCUUUUUUUGGAUUAUUUCAUUUUUUGAAAUAAUCAUCUAUGUACAGUUGAUUACAGAAUUCCGAUUACGAUACAUGUACAAGCUAUUAUAUAACAUUUUAGAUCAAUACUAUGUUAUAACAUUUCUCGAGAUAUAUUAUGUCAUGAAGUCAACUGGGGGAAAAAAAAGAAAAAAGAAAAAAAGAAAAAAAUGUGCUUCGGACUUUUCAAAAGAUAUUCUCAAGAUUUACAAACGAAAUAACUUAAUGAGAAAAAUUCAAUGAAAAAUAAAUAAUAGAUUUCAAGAUAUUGUAGUCAUCAAAGAUAAUUCAAAAUUUAACAAGUGAACAUAGUUUUAUCAAAGCUUGGACAUAAUGGUAAAUUAAUUCUAAAAAAAUUAAUGAUUGGUGCUAUAUAAAAUUAUUAUUUCUUAUAUUAAAUAAUUUAAUUAAAAUAUCCAGAGUUAUCAAAUGCUUUUUAUGAUCAAUGGAAGUUGACAAAAAAAUAAUGUGAUACAUUUGAUUAAUUUUUACUAAGUUAUAUCACCAAAAUCAUAAAUUUCAUGCACAACUAUUCUUUACGAUUCAAAUUGGUAAUAGUUAUUUAAAAAUAUUUUUUUUUCUUUCUUUUAAUUUAUUUUGUUAAAUUAAGUUUUUGAAAUCUAUAUUAAAUUGAUCAUUUAUGAUUUGCAAAAGUAAGGAAUAUAGUUAAUUAAAUAAGCAAACCUUCUAUAACUUAUAAUAUUUUUCAAUAUCUUAUAUUUAUUUCAGAAAAGGCAAACUCUGUAAAUCAAACUUUCCUCUUGUUAUGUAAUAACAUAAGUUGUGAUUGUUAUAAACCCCUUAAAAAGGAAAAAGUUUUUAUUCCUUGAUGUUACAUAGAAUUUACACAGAAAUAUGAGUAGUAUAAUAGAUUUUUCAAAAAAAAGUUUUUAUACAAGAUGUACACUUGAUGUUGAAAAAUAUGCUAAAUCAUGCGUUGUUGUUUUGUUGCAUCUGUUUAGUAUGAUAAUGUAAUAUCAUAUUAUGCAUUUAUUUAAUUUAUUCACUUCUAUAAGAUCUAUAUAAUUAAAUUUAUCAUAAUGAAAUCGCAAAUUACAUGUCCAGAUUUGUAAUCAAAGAGCAGCAAGGCUAUACACAUAUAUUGCUCAGAAUUUUGUUUGCAUCUCAUGAACUUUAGAGUAGCACAUCGAUUUUAUACCCAGUAUUCGUGUGGUAGAUUUUCCAAUAUGAUCCAUAUUAUAAGAUUAUCUGAAAGGUCUAAUUCUAACAAAUAUGAGAAGCAUGUACGUAUAGUUAAUGGUUACAGGCACCUGAGUACCUCAACCACGAAGGGAGGUAUAUAGAAUGAAAUUAGUAACAUUUUAUAGUGACUGUAAUUGACAUUAAUAUAUGUUGCACAUAUUUGUUCUUGUACGAAACUUAGUGUUACUAAACAGUGUAAUUAUUUUAUUUAAUAGUACUUGUUUAUUAUUCAUAACAACAUAAUAUGUAGCAUUCUAUGCCAAGCAGUAAGUUUUUUGUGUUUUAUUUUUUUUUUUUAUGUUGUACAUACAUAUAAAUAUUUAUAGUUGCAAUAUAUCAAAAUAGAAAAAACAGAUAUUAAUUUACAAUUGUAUUGUAUAGAUUAUUUAUAAAAUUUAUAAAGCACAAAAUGUAGUAAUUGAUAUAAAUAAAUUUCCUUUAAAUGCAGAAGAAUCGUAUAUUAUAAAUCUUAGUUACAAAUUCUUAUUUAUCAAAUCAUGUAAUGAGUUUCACUGUUUCUUACUGCAUAUUUGUUAUUUACUCAUUUUAUUGAGUAUAUAUGCUUUAAAUUAAUAAAGAAAUACUUUUGCAAAAGGAUAUUCAUUGUAUCAUUAUAAUUGCUUGGCACAGAAUAAAAUUUUAUUCUUGAACAAACCAAAGUUAGUAACUGUACUCAAAGUACAACAUUUUAUUAAUUUAAUAUAAUACAAAUACAAAGGAUAAUACAAGUUAAUUACAAAAAGUUUUAUAUUUUUAUGUUUUUAAAUUCACAAUAUAUUUUUUAGCAUAUUUCUUGAUGAAUAUAUAUGACUUCAUAUGGUGCAUUAAUUAGAUUAUUAUAUAUAUUUGAAAUAAUUAAGAAUUUUUACACAAAAGUGAGAUAUGAAACUUAUUUAUUAUUUAUUACACAAGAAAUUAAAAUUUGUACUUAUAUAUAUUUUAUUAUUUGUCUCUCUAUAAUUAUAAGAAUAAAUCAUUCUUUAAUACACAACGUAUAAUAAAAAUGCAUACGUAACAUUACAUAUGAAGUGGAAAGCUAUAAUGUGUUCAGACGUAAUCUAUAUCUAAAAGAAUUUAUUUAAUACAUGCAAGGUGAGUCACUAAUUACUAUUGUUUGGAAUAUUUUUGUUAUUUCGUGUAUAUUAUUUUUAAAUACAAUAUAAAGAGAAUACAACUUUAUUUAUUAUUAAAAGGAUAAAAUGCAUAUAAAUAAAAGCAUGCAAAAGUUUUGCUAAGUGCUAUAUUAAAUAUUUCGAAAUAAUUUUGGUCACUUCUUAUAUCUGUUAUAUAUGAAUAUUAUGAGUAAGAUGCAAUGCAUUUUUUUACACAUUUACAAAGUUUUUUAAAUUAAAUAUUAACAAAAAUAAAUUAGUUUGAAAUUUAUAAUACAGAUUGAUGAAAAUAAACUUAUAUAAGACCGAAAAUAAUAUAAACAUUCCAAAUAGUAAUAGUGACUUGUUUAGCAAUUGAUUUAAUUGAUAAAAAUAAAAAUGGUUUAAAUACAUGUUGUACUUUGACUAGAGAACUGAUAACAUUGAUAAUCGUCUGUUAAGUGUAAUCAACAAAUGCUAGUCAUAAAUAUUGCAUUUUAAGUUGGAUUUCAGUAUUGUUUCUUAAUAAAUAUCUAUAUGCAAACUUA